UCAGAUUGAAACUAAACUUGGCGGCGUGCGGUUCUUUCGCUCUGCUCUGCGUUCGUGUUGGUGUCGUAUCGUAUGCAUGUGUAUUGGAAACGGCGGAAAAUUCUCGCGCCGACGCGACGCACACACUUGAUGCCCUACAAAUUGUUUUAUUAUUUUUUUUUUCGAAAAGUGCUUAGGCUAACGGCUGUUUAUUAGUGAGUGCGGAUGUUUGACAUGGAAAAGUGAUGCCGCGCCACAGUGGAUACCCUUGCUGGCGAACCGUCGCUGGCGACGUAGGCAGUGAAAUGAAAACAAGCGUCUAGACUCAAGAGUUGUCGCUGCUGAAUUUUAUUAUCUUUUUUAUGUAAGAUCGCGUGCACAGGUGCUCAAUCGUUGCACUGAGAGAAAAGCAAAGAGUGUCUGCUGCCAGCGGGGAAAGGGAGAGAGAGUGGAAGUGGAGUGUGAGUGGAGUUUGUACUAAUUACUACUGCCCGUGCACGAAACACUCAUUUACACGCAAGCACACACACACAGACACACACACCGAGACCUGGGUCUUUCGUCGGAUUUUCGUAUUCGUUUUCGUUUUUGUGUACAUUUUGUUGUCUUGCGUUCCACGUUACAUGCAUAUAUAUGUUUGUUGUUGCCUGCUGUAUGUUUAUAUUUAUUGCCUCCCCAUAAAUGUACAUAUGUGUGUGUGUUUUAAUUAAUGUACAAUACAAUACAAAAGAAAACUACAACUAAAGGCCAAACCAAAAAGAAAGUGCCAUGCCAACAAAAACAAUAAAAACAACAAAAACACCAACACCAAAUAGUGUGUCCGCCGCCGCUAAAAACAAAUACGGAAACAAAACGCCACCGCCGACGCAUGCAUACCUUUAAUUUAUUACACAUAUUGUUUUUAUUUUGAAUAAUGGAUCGUCGUGCAUUGAAGUUUAUGCAAAAAAGAGCGGACACAGAAAGCGACACCACCAACACAACAGUAAGCACCACAGCAUCCCAGGGGACACCAUCAUCGGCCAUAUCAGCAGGUGGCACUCUACCCCUCAAGGACAACUCCAACAUUCGCGAGAAGCCCCUACACCAUAGCCACCACAACAACAACAACGCACCCAAUCCACACCAGCAUCCACACCACCAGCAGCAGCAGCAACAACAGCAGGCCGGCGGCAAGCAGCUUGAGCGGCCACUGAAGUGCCUAGAAACGCUCGCCCAGAAGGCGGGCAUCACUUUCGACGAGAAAUACGAUGUGGCCAGUCCCCCCCAUCCCGGCAUUGCCCAGCAGCAGGCGACUCCAGGAUCAGGUACAGGAACAGGAACGGGAACGGUAUCAUCAGGCACAGUCACACCCACAAGUCAUCGCCACGGAACUCCGCCCACUGCCCGCAGACACACCCAUACCCCAAACACACCGGGCAGGCCCAGUGCACCCAGCACACCCAACACUAGCAUUAGCUCCAACUCGAAUUCCCACUCUCUUACCCUCUCACACGCCCUCGCCCGCCACACCAGUCUCACGCUGGAGAAGGCGCAGAAUCCCGGCCAGCAGGUGGCCACCACCACCACGGUGCCGCUGCAGAUCUCACCGGAGCAGCUGCAGCAGUUCUACGCGAGCAAUCCCUAUGCCAUCCAGGUGAAGCAGGAGUUUCCCACGCACACGGCUGGCGGCGGGGGAACCGAGCUGAAGCAUGCAGCCAACAUCCUGGAAGUUCAGCAGCAGUUGCAACUGCAGCAGCAGCUCUCGGACGCCAGUGGAGGGGGAGGAGCAGCCUCGGGCGGCGCCGGCGGAGCACCUAGUCCAGCCAACUCGCAGCAAAGCCAGCAGCAACAACAACAGCAGCAGCACUCCACUGCCAUCAGCACAAUGUCACCGAUGCAGUUGGCGGCUGCCACCGGCGGAGUGGGCGGGGAUUGGUCGCAGGGCAGGACAGUGCAGUUGAUGCAGCCCUCGACCGGCUUCCUGUACCUGUCGGGCAAUCUAUUGCAGCCAGGUGGCCUCGGCCAGCAGCCCAUCCAGGUCAUCACCGCCGGCAAGCCCUUCCAGGGCAACGGCCCUCAGAUGCUCACCACCACGCCGCAGAACGCCAAGCAAAUGAUCGCGGGCCAGGCGGGAUUCGCCGGCGGCAACUAUGCCACCUGCAUUCCCACGAACCACAACCAGUCGCCCCAGACGCUGCUAAUCUCGCCGAUGAAUGUCAUCUCCCACUCUCCGCAGCAACAGCAGAACCUGCUGCAGUCGAUGGCCGCCGCAGCGCAGCAGCAGCAACUCACUCAGCAGCAGCAGCAACAGCUCAACCAGCAGCAGCAGCAGCUCACCCAGCAGCAGCAGCAACAACAACAGCAGCAGCAGCAGCAGCUGGCUGCUCUGGCCAAAGUGGGGGUAGAUGCGCAGGGCAAGCUGGCCCAGAAAGUUGUUCAGAAGGUGACCACCACUAGCAGCACGGUGCAGGCUGCGACGGGACCGGGAUCCGCUGGGUCGAACCAGGCCCAGCAGGUGCAGCAGGUCCAGCAACAGCAGCAGCAGACCACCCAAACCACCCAGCAGUGCGUCCAGGUUUCGCAGUCGACGUUGCCAGUCGGAGUGGGCGCCCAGUCUGUUCAGACUGCCCAGCUCUUGAACGCGGGCCAGGCGCAAAUGCAGAUCCCCUGGGGAUUCUGGCCGAAUGCGGCAGGGCUUCAGCCCUUCGGCUCCAACCAGAUCAUCCUCCGGAACCAGCCAGACGGGACGCAGGGCAUGUUCAUCCAACAGCAGCCCGCGACUCAGACCCUGCAGACACAGCAAAACCAAAUCAUCCAGUGCAAUGUGACCCAGACUCCCACCAAGGCACGAACCCAGCUCGAUGCACUCGCUCCCAAGCAGCAGCAGCAGCAGGGAAGCACCACCAACCAGACGCAGCAGCAGCAGCUGGCCGUGGCCACUGCCCAGCUGCAACAGCAGCAGCAACAACUCACAGCAGCUGCUCUGCAGCGGCCGGGAGCCCCGAUCAUGCCGCACAAUGGAACUCAAGUGCGUCCGGCCAGUUCCGUGUCCACCCAGACGGCGCAGAAUCAGAGUCUGCUGAAAGCCAAGAUGCGCAACAAGCAACAGCCGGUGCGACCAGCUUUGCCCACCUUGAAAACAGAGAAUGGCCAGGUCGCGGGCCAGAACAAGGUGGUCGGUCACCUAACCACCGUGCAGCAGCAGCAGCAGGCGACGAAUCUCCAGCAGGUGGUCAAUGCGGCGGGCAACAAAAUGGUUGUGAUGAGCACGACGGGCACUCCUAUCACCCUUCAGAAUGGACAGACCCUUCAUGCAGCCACUACGGCUGGAGUGGACAAACAGCAACAGCAGCUGCAGCUGAUUCAAAAGCAGCAAUUCCUGCAACAGCAAAUGUUCCAGCAGCAGAUUGCCGCCAUCCAGAUGCAGCAGCAGCAGGCGGCAGUUCAGGCGCAGCAACAGCAACAACAUCAGCAGCAGCAACAACAAGUCUCCCAGCAGCAGCAGGUGAACGCUCAGCAAGCGGUGGCGCAACAGGUGGCGCAGGCUCAGCAACAACAGCGGGAUCAACAGCAGCAAGUUGCGCAGGCGCAGCAGCAGCAGGCACUCGCCAAUGCCACUCAGCAGAUCCUGCAGGUGGCUCCCAACCAGUUCAUCACAUCCCACCAGCAACAACAGCAGCAGCAGCUACACAACCAACUGAUUCAGCAGCAACUGCAGCAACAGGCUCAGGCACAGGUUCAGGCCCAGGUGCAGGCCCAAGCGCAGCAACAACAGCAACAGCGGGAGCAGCAGCAGCAACAGCAGCAGAACAUCAUCCAGCAGAUUGUGGUCCAGCAGUCGGGCGGAGCGACCGCCCAACAGCAGCAGCAAGCACAACAGCAAUCUGGACAGCUGCAGCUGAGCAGCGUGCCCUUCUCGGUUUCUUCGACGACGACUCCAGCCGGAAUAGCCACCUCCAGUGCCUUGCAGGCAGCCCUCUCCGCCUCAGGCGCCAUCUUCCAGACGGCCAAGCCUGGCACGUGCAGUUCCUCCUCCCUCCCCACCAGCAGUGUGGUCACCAUUACCAACCAGAGCAGCACUCCCCUGGUCUCCAGCAGUACGGUGGCUAGUCUGCAGCAGGCACAGGCACAGGCUCAAGCUGCUCAAAUCCACCAGCAGCAGCAGCUGAUCAGCGCCACCAUUGCAGCGGCCUCUCAACAGCAGCAGCAGGGACAUCCUUCCCUUACACCCACCACGCCCUCUCCCACCACAAAUCCCAUUCUGGCCAUGACCUCAAUGAUGAAUGCCACGGUGGGCCACCUGUCUACUGCCCCGCCCGUGACUGUUUCUGUGACUAGCACCGCUGUCACUCCAUCGCCGGGUCAGCUGGUCACCCUCAGCAGUGCCAGUAGCGGAGGAGGAAGCUUUCCGGCCACGCCCACCAAGGAGACACAUUCAAAAGGGCCCACCGCCACCCUGGUGCCCAUUGAUUCGCCCAUGACGCCGGUAUCGGGACAUGACACCUGCACCACACCCAAAUCCUCCACUCCCGCCAAUGUCAGUGCACCCGUGGAGGCCAGUAGUUCCACGAGCGAGGCUCUGCCCAACGGAGAAGCUUCAGAUCGAGCUUCGACGCCCUCGAAAGUCGCCACCACUCCCACUAGUAAACAAAGCAAUGCAGUACAGCCAACGAGCAGCAGCUCCACCCCCACCAGUGCCAGUGGGAAGGAAGAACCCAAGGUGGCAGCCUCCGUCGGUUCCACGUCCGCGACAUCCACUCCAACGACGACAACGAUCACCAAUGGAAUUGGAAUGACCAGAACGACGGCAGGUAGCACUGCUGGCUCAACCGCUUGUACAACCACCACCAGCUGCAGCUCUUCAACCACAAGUUGCACGAGCACUACCACAACCACCACGUCCAGCAACAGCAAUGGGUCCAAGGAUCUGCCCAAGGCGAUGAUAAAGCCGAAUGUCCUAACCCACGUCAUCGACGGUUUCAUUAUACAGGAGGCCAACGAGCCCUUCCCCGUCACCAGGCAGCGCUAUGCUGAUAAGGACGUCAGCGACGAGCCUCCAAAGAAAAAGGCAGCCAUGCAGGAGGACAUGAAGCCAAGUGGAAUAGCGUCAGCUCCAGCCUCAGACAUGGUGGCUUGCGAGCAGUGCGGCAAGCUGGAACACAAAGCAAAGCUUAAGCGAAAGCGCUACUGCUCGCCAGGAUGCGCUAGACAGGCGAAGAACGGCAUCGGAGGAGUUGGAGGAACCGGAGAGACCAACGGCCUGGGAAUGGGCGGAAUCGUUGGAGUGGACGCCAUGGCAUUGGUGGACAAACUGGACGAAGCUAUGGCCGAGGAAAAAAUGCAGACGGAUGCCAUACAGUCGAAGUCGGAAUCCCUUUCAACGGAGGCGCCUCCGUUGCUACUACCAGUACUGCCAGCGAUUUCAGCCCCAUCUCCACAUGCAAUGCCGCUGGGUUCACCGUUGCCAGUUGCAAUUCCAUCUCUUGCACCACUGCCCGUGGUCAGUGCCCCGGCGGCGCCCACCCCUUCGAGUGUAAAUGGAACAGAUCGCCCACCCAUAAGCAGCUGGAGUGUGGAGGAGGUUAGCAACUUCAUCAGAGAACUGCCUGGAUGUCAGGACUACGUGGACGACUUCAUCCAGCAGGAGAUCGACGGCCAGGCGCUGCUGCUGCUCAAGGAGAACCAUCUGGUGAACGCCAUGGGCAUGAAGCUGGGCCCAGCCCUCAAGAUUGUGGCCAAGGUGGAGUCCAUGAAGGAGGUUCCGUCACCUGGCGAGGCCAAGGAUGCAGGCGGUCAGUAGGGACUGUGAGAGGCGCAUAAGAUGAUCUCCCAACCGAACAGUGGAGCUGGUAGAACCAUGUCUGUCGUGCCGGGUGAAUCUGAUUCAAUCGAUUCGUAAAGUCAAUACCAGCACCAGGCCAGCGAGUCGCAAAACCCAUCAACCUUGUAUAUAUUUCCAUGUUUCAAUUUAAUUCUUAGACAAACAUAUUUAUUUAGCGAUAAAAAAAACGCCAGACAGUCAGAAAAUAAAUGGAAUUACUUAAACUAUGUAUAAGCUUUGAAUAAUGUUUUAACUGAGCUGCCAGCCAAGUGAAAUCGAUAGAAUUCUACAACUAAGCAUUAAUUUAGAUAUAAGUAGACUUUUAAUAACUCUAAUCGUCAUGGGUCGUUUUUAAAGUAUUUUAAGCUAAGCAAUCACUAACAACAGAAACAUUUUAAACUUGCAAAGGAAAAAAUAUAGCAUCUAUAUGUGAAUUAAAAUUUUUUUUUCUAACAAAUUUUGAAAUGCCUAGAACUAAGAUUAUUUUUUCAACAUUAUUUUUUUGCUACUGCUAAACAAAAUAAGAAAUGCACUUAUAUAGUGUUUAAUAAAUGUGAAAGAAACAUUA